UUAUUAUGAAUUAAUAAUAUUAUGAUUGAUGAGACUUAAUUCUUAAGUUUUUCGUCGGUGGUAAGUGGCAAUUUAAAAUUGUUAGAUUUUUCCUAUUAGUAACUAUUGAGACUUAUUAGUAUGAUUUAAUACUGAAACAGUCAAAUACAAUUUACACGACAGUUAUGGAGACUUAUUUUCUUUACAAUGGAAAUCUGGGAACACAAGAUUCAGUAAUCGAACAACCAUUUGAAUCUUACCAAAAUGAUGAUCAUCAAAGGGAUCAAACAGAAAAUAAAACUGUCCUUCCAGAAUCUCGUAUAAGGACAUGGCGAGAAUGGAGCCAAUUUGAAACCAAAAUUCUUAUGGACAUGUACAGACGAAAUUCAACACAGGUUGGCCCAACCAAAAAGUUUAAAAGUAAAAAAGAAAUGUUUGGUUUUAUUGCACAGUCAUUAUCUGAAAGACUCAACAUUACCAGAAGUGCUCAUCAAUGUGAAAACAGGUACAAAACUGUAGUAAAUCAACGGAAAAGCGGAUAUUUUGAUAGGGUUUUACUAGGAAAGAAGACGACCAACACACCAAAAAUAUUAGAUGAAAACGAAAAAUCUUUAAACGCCGCUACAGCAUCCGUAUCUGCCGAUCAUGACUAUAAUGGAAAAAAUUUGUCCAUGGAAGGUUUAAACAUUACUAAAUUCAUUUCCAAUGAAUGGGGUGUUGAGGAUACCAGACUGCUCAUGGACUUGUACAAAAAAAAUAUAUCUAAAGUUGGCUUACACAGGACUUUUAGAACGAAACUUAAAAUGUUUGAAUUUAUAUCAAAAUCAUUGAGUGACAUGCUUCAUAUUACCAGAAGUGCUGAACAGUGUAUUAAUAGGUACAAAACUAUCAUGCGGAGGAAACACAUUAAACUCGAUAUUGCAACCUCCAUUGAUGAGUUUAAAGAAGAAAAUUCAAACUCUUCUUUUCAAAUUCCAAACUUAAACUCUUUAUGUGAUAUUAAAUUAAUAGACGAUUCCGGUGAAUACGAACAAAAUUCUCAUUUAGAAGCCAAACAAAUGUACAGGAACGUCAUAAAGAAAACUGGAACUCCUCCAAAAUGUCAAUUCGAAGAAUUAGAAACCAGACAAGAAACAGAGUUAACGAGGACUCUAAAAGAAAUCGCUGACCAAAAAGAGAAGACAUUACUGAAAAUUGCAGCCAACAGAGAAGUAGCUGAAGAGCGCAGGCAUCAGGAAACAAUGGCUUUAAUUAGACAACUCGGGGAAAACAUUCUUCGUUGUAUUGGAAACCCCACUUUUGAUACGUCCGAACAUCAUUACUAGAAUUAUAAACUUGUUUUAAAUUUGUUUAAUGUAUCAUAUUAUUAUCUAUAUAUUAGUUGGUUUUUAAAUAAAAAAAAAAAAGGUUAUUUUUUAUGACUCAAGAUGGUAGACUGAUUUAGGUAUUAAGAUUGUUAUUGUGUAUAAUUAAAAUUAAUGAUUACUAAUGAAAAGUUUAACAGGUUCAAAGCCUCGGCAGACACAUUAAGAUAAAACUAUAACGGACUCCUGUGUCUUAUGGCGCUGAACCUGUUUAUAAAAUUAGCCUGUUACAAAUCGAAAUAAACCAAAUACUUCAUUCGUAAUACUGUGAGUUGUAUAAUACAUGUUGUAAAUAGGAAAGAUCAAUAAUGGAUAACCGUGUUCUUAAAUAAAAAGGUUUACGUUUUAUAUAUUUAUAGAUAGUGAUAAAUCAUAAUACUAUAAUUACAGCUAUAUAAAUGAUAAAAAUAAAUGAACAGUCUCUUAAUAUUAGUAGUAAUUAAUACAUGUGUACAUAAAUAUAUUUCAACACAACAGACAACAGACAGAGUAAAAAAAAAUAAUGUAUCUUUCUUAUUAGCACUGAUUGUGGAGAGUAUUGUUGAUGUACAAUUGAUGUAAA